AUGGGAGCAGAGGAUGUCUCUAACCAUCUCGAGACUUUUGGAGAAUCGAAAUUGAUAGAAAUAGGAUCAUCGAAUGAUCCUCCUGUGCCAUUUUCGGACAUGAAAGAGGAGCCCUUGGCUUCCGCGAGCAGCAACCUGGACUUUCCGAAAGUGGAAACAUCAGUCUCUGGUCCUAUGCCAUUUACAUUUGAGCCAGAGGGCAUCUCUUUUCAAUCUUUUCAGCCCUCUGCUUUGGCUGAUUCUCAGUCUUUGAUGACUCAGUUGCAACCUCCUGAUGCACAUCCGUAUUCUCUAGAAAGGUCACUGGCUGCUGCAUGUCGUAGCCCGAGGUCAUUUCAGCUGACAGGGAAGCGGAAAGCACCACCCGAGCCUACUCUCAGUGGUUCUGCACCUAACAAGCGAGUGGAACCAGUGCAUCACAGACCAUGGCUAGAACAAUUUUCAGCAAGUAUUCUUCCGGCUCAUAUGCCAGCCGCUACUCUUUCUCCGAAGACGGAACAUCCACCAAUGCCUGCCAAGAAAGUGAGGCAAAUGGAACCAGCUUCUCAAAAAUCUGGGAAGCAAGCGAUGAACAAGAAACAAACAGGCCCAUCACAAGGGUCGACAAAAACACAGAAUGAAGGAAAUGAGUCUUUGAGAUCUAAAAUGAAGGAAUCAUUAGCUGCUGCCUUGGCUUUGGUUCAGGAGCAUGAGGAAUCUCCGAAAGAGAAAAAGAACUCAGAAACUGAAGAAGCAAGCGUUCCAGUAGCUGAAAGUGAUGAGUCUGCCUCAGCAGCUAAAAGUGAUGAGUCUGCCACAGCAGCUAAAAGUGAUGAGUCUGCCUCAGCGGGUGCCAUCAAUGGUCCAGUAGCUGAAGGCAUGACAAGGGAUGAAAGUUCUGGGCAGAAGGAUGGCAAUGGAAUUAUUCUGUCACAGGAGACUUCAAAUGACACAAAGAUGAAUUAUGUUAAUCAAUCUGAUGUACAGAAAACUCAAUUUGACGAGGUUUUCCCCUGUGAUGAUGUUCGUUUUAGCGAUAGUAUUUUUUCCAGCGAUGAGCUUCUACAGGGUAAUGGCCUCUCAUGGGCUUUGGAACCUGUUUCAGAUCUUGGGGAGAGAAAGGAGAAUGAAUCUGGUGGUGAGAAGUCGUUUGAGGAUCCAGACCUCUUGGCAUCUAAAAUUGAGUUGGAACUUUUUAAGCUAUUUGGAGGCGUGAACAAGAAAUACAAAGAGAAGGGAAGGUCUCUCUUGUUCAAUUUGAAGGAUAAGAACAAUCCUGAGCUGAGAGAAAGCGUCAUGUGCGGAAAGAUCUCUCCGGAGCGACUGUGUUCUAUGACCGCCGAGGAACUUGCUUCUAAGGAGCUUUCUCAGUGGCGACAAGCAAAAGCAGAAGAGAUGGCUGAGAUGGUUGUCUUGCGGGAUGCAGACGUUGACGUCAGAAGUCUGGUGAGGAAAACGCAUAAAGGUGAGUUCCAGGUAGAAAUUGAUCCUGUUGACAGUGUGACAGUGGAUGUCUCUGCUGGGAUUACCUCAAGUAGCAAACCUCGAAGCAAAGCCAAGUCCACGAAAUCAUCUACUCCUGCCAAAUCCACUCUAAAGAAAGAUGACUCGAAUGAUAAGAACACAAAAUCCGACCAGGGAAUGACUAUGCCGUCAACAGAGGAGACUGAUCCAAUGCAGGGUGUGUCGAUGGAUGAUGAGAUGAAGGAUGUGGGAUUUCUUCCUCCAAUUGUAUCGCUUGAUGAGUUCAUGGAAUCCCUGAACUCGGAACCUCCAUUUGGAAGUCCACAUGGGGAUCCUUCUGUAAAGGAAGAGCCUGCAUCUGAGAAGAAUGACUCAGAAGUUGGUUCGCAUUCAAAGUCACCUUCAGGAUCUCCUAAGCAGUCGCCAAAGGAACCCCGUGAGAGUGUUUCUCAUAAAGCAGAACUCGAAAAGACCAAUGCAGCUUCCCCAAAACCUGACGCGGGUGUCAAACUCGAUGGUGAUGUCUCUGAGCCUGGAACGACACAUUCGGUUGAUAGCAUUAAAGAGGACCAAAAAUGGGAUGGUAUACUGCAGCUUAGCGUCUCUUCAGCUGUUUCAGUCACUGGAAUUUUUAAGAGGCAAGUCUCCUUACUUAAGUUAACUUUUAUCUCUUGUUUGCUAGUAAAUGGAAAAUAUGGUAAAUAUAUAUUGGAGCACAGGAAAAGCAAACCCAUGAUUGAAUUGGGAUUUUAA